UGGAUGAGCCAGCAGGUCGACGCGGUCUCUCCCCUACCUGUCGUCCCCAUGUCACUCCCCAGUCAAUCAGACGGUCAAUUGGUCUCCGACCUUUAUGCCUCCGGGGGAAAGGGAUCCUUGCGAUAUGUCUUUCUGCAUGGUAACCAUGCCCCCACCCACCACCAGGAGACGAACAUUGAGGGGAAGGUCACCCUGUUUAAUGGCCAGGGAGAGAUAGUCUUCGAGGAGAACCCCGGUCGCCCCUCGGCCCGGUACCGCUUCGCUGAUGGCAGCUGCGUGGCCGUGGAUGAUCAGCCAUGCCCCUACCUGCCGGCCAGGAAAUUCGUCGAGACGUUGCUGCGAAAUGUCUCGGUCCCGGCCUUGCUUGUGGUCGAGGUUCCCAAGGACGAGGCGAAACUGUCAUCCGAAUCGGACGAUUUCUUAUAUCUGUCCCUGCUAGUUCUGGGACGCAGCGACCUCGAUCCCAUCUCCACAGCAGAUCGCACCUACCUGGAGGAGAUGUCGCACAGCUUCGUCCAGAAUUUUGUCACGGCCAUGGCUCGCGAAAGCGACAGCUUUCUUCCAGGAGAUGCACACAAUCUGGCCCAUGAGAUAGCAGGCUGGAUCAUGACGACAGCAGCGGGGGAAUCGAGCCUGCACGCCUUUCUGGACCUGAGCAUGCAGAAAGCCAUUAGCACCCACCGAUCGCUGACGAUCAACCUAUUGGACAGAUGCACCACUAGAGUAUCACAAGUAGACGACACGGGGUGGCACCAGUCAGCUAAUCAAGGCGAUAUCUCGGGUGCCCCUCCCGAGCGGGGUCCGAUAAGCGCCAUCGCCGUUCAGAUCCAGCCUUUCAUGGGCUGGGUGAUGUUCAUGAAGAUGACAGCCCGUACAAGGAUUUGGCCUCUCUGCCAUGGAGUUGCAUAUGUCAAAGGUCAGGCUUCGGGCCGGCUAAUGGCCAGCCCCUUGGAGUUGAGCUUUUGGGGAGGUGUCGACCCCCAGACCGGUCAAGUCAUUGAUCAGCACCACCCUUUGCGUGGUCAGUUUCUGCAGGAUCGCAUUCUGGCCAUCCCCGGGGGUCGUGGCUCCUGCUCGGGAAGCGGGGUGAUGCUGGAACUCCUGCUCAACAACAAAGGGCCCGGGGCGGUUCUCUUCGAGCGCCGCGAGGAUAUUCUCACGUUAGGGGUCAUGAUCGCGGAGGAGAUCUUUAAAAAGGCAAUUCCUGUCGUGGUGCUGAAUCCUGGGGACUUUCCUCAGCUACUGAGGCUGGAUGGCAAAUUAAUGUCUGUCGUUGGUGGUGACAUCUUUCACUACGAGCUACCCGAGACCAUCCAAAACAAUAGCCAUAGUGAUCAGGCCAUGACGUUCCCAAAGAUACAUCUCUCUGAAGUCGACAAAAAGCUUGUUCAAGGCGAAUACGGCGAAGCUGCUCGCGUGGCGAUGCGAAUCGUUCUGCGGAUGGCCGAAUUGCUCGGGGCUCGCGACCUCAUCCACGUCACCCAGGUCCACGUGGAUGGCUGCAUCUACACCGGGCCAGGAUCUCUGCUCUUUGCAGAGCGACUCCGAGAUCUGGGGGGCAAGGUGCGGGUACCGACAUCUCUCAACUCCAUCUCUGUCGAUCAACGGCGGUGGCGCGCCCAAGGCGUGGAUGCCGCCUUCGGUCAAGCAGCUGAGAAGCUGGCACGGGCUUACACGGAUAUGGGGGCGCGUCCGACCUUUACUUGCAGUCCGUACCAGCUGGACAGUGCUCCGAAGGUCGGUGAUCAGGUUGCCUGGGCCGAGUCUAAUGCUGUCGUCUAUGCCAACAGUGUGCUGGGGGCGCGCACCAUGAAAUAUCCCGACUUUCUGGACAUUGCCAUUGCUCUCACCGGCCGCGCCCCGAAUGGAGGGCCGCAUGUGGAUCAGAAUCGCCAAGCGUCGCUCAUUGUUAGGAUGCCUGAGGCUCAGGAGCUCGAAGAUGUCGACGACUCGUUCUACCCCCUGCUCGGCUAUCACGUUGGCACAUUAGCCUCGAACCAGAUACCGGUAAUUGUGGGCCUGAAAUUGCUUGCUCCGAGUAGGGAUGAUCUAAAAGCGUUUGGAGCAGCGUUUGCGACCGUGUCAAGUGCGCCGAUGUUCCACAUGGUUGGAGUGACCCCGGAGGCAAAGACGCUGGACGCUGUUAUCCGCCCGGGAUCGGAUCCUCGAUCGGUUGACGUGCGGAUCAAAGACCUGAUUCCGUGCUGGAACACGUUGAACAGUGCAGUCGGCUUGCAGUCAGUAGACUUGGUGUCUCUGGGCAACCCGCACUUUUCCUUGACUGAGAUCCGCCGGCUUGCUGCCCUCUGCCGCGGGCGGACCAAACAGGACGAUAUCACGGUGGUAGUAACCUGUGGCCGAGCAACGUAUGGCUUGGCCUGUCAGGCCGGGCUAGUUGAAGAACUGGAGAUGUUUGGGGUUCAGUUCGUCACGGAUACCUGCUGGUGCAUGAUCACAGAGCCGAUCAUUCCCCCGUCCACCCAUGCAAUCAUGACCAAUUCCGGGAAAUAUGCCCACUACGGCCCUGGACUGACGGGACGGAAGUUCUACUUUGGCAGUCUGGCUCAGUGUGUGGAUGCUGCCUGUGGAGGGAGUCCUGCCGAUCGUCCCCGAUGGCUGUGA